UAAAGUAGCAUUAAAAUAAUCAAAUCCACGGACGUGAAAUCCACUCUUUAAACUCUGCGAAUCUGCAAUCUCCAUGGAAUCCGUCUUGUAGCCGCCCACCCUUCGAAGCUCCAGCCUUUCUUCUUCUUCCCUGCUUCUUCUUGAAUCAGAUUAACCACGAGGAGACGACAGCACGCCACUAAAGAACAAUCACCGUACCCUCACUCGGAUCCUCUUCACUGAUUCGAACCAAGCUUGAGCAGAGGAGGAAGCAGUACAGAUGGCAGUCGCUGAUGGCAGGGCGGGGUCGUCAGAUGGAAAACUCUGGGGUCUAUGCCGGCUUCCGUUCUGGCAGGCCGGCACUUCUGGUGCCGGAGGUGGCGGUGGGACUUCUUCGACGAACUCGUCGUCGUCGUUGACCCAUCAUCAGCACCAUCAUGGUAGUGGUCAGCUCGGCGGGGUUUUGGGGCCGAGAGCGCAGCAGAGUUCCGGUGCGAACUCGGUCUCUUCAGUGGCGAGAUCAAUUUUGCCGACGCGGCGCCGGCUUCGGCUCGAUCCGCCUAAUAAACUUUACUUCCCAUAUGAACCUGGCAAGCAGGUUAGAAGUGCAAUCAGAAUAAAGAACACUAGCAAGUCCUAUGUAGCGUUCAAGUUUCAAACAACUGCACCAAAAAGUUGUUUUAUGCGUCCUCCUGGCGCAAUACUUUCUCCCGGAGAGAGUAUUAUAGCAACUGUUUUCAAGUUUGUGGAGCAUCCAGAGAAUAAUGAGAAGCCCUUGCUUGAUCAGAAAAACAAAGUUAAGUUUAAGAUCAUGAGUUUGAAGGUGAAAGGGCCAAUGGAAUAUGUUCCAGAACUGUUUGAUGAGCACAAGGAUCAGGUUUCAAUUGAGCAAAUUCUGAAGGUUGUCUUCUUGGACUCUGAGCGCCCAAGCACACAAUUGGAGAAACUGAAGCGCCAAUUAGCUGAGGCUGAGGCUGCUCUCGAGGCGCGCAAGAAACCCGCCGAAGACUCUGGUCCACGGAUUGUAGGUGAAGGCCUCGUCAUAGAUGAAUGGAAGGAAAGGAGGGAGAGAUACCUUGCUCGGCAGCAGGUCGAAGGCGCAGUUGAUUCAGUGUGAAGAGUAUGUCAAUGGUAGAA